AUGCAACUGAACAAGGAUGGGAUUUUCUACGGAAUAGAGGAAGCGCUGACACUUGGCCUCACGGUGACAGAGUUGCUACGCAGCAUCACUACCUGUCGCCCAUUGUUCAGAAACGAAUAUGUACUGUCGAGAGAACAUGCUAUAGGGGACGGUGAUGCCUACGUGUAUCGACAUUUCCAGAACGUUCACGAGGUGUUUGGUGUGGAGAAUACUAGAGAAAAUGCGCUGGUCGAGCUUAUAGCGCAGUCUCUCUACGAACCAGGAUUCACGCAACUAAGGACUGUUGAACAACUUGUCGUGACGGUGUCAACCUUAGUUCUGAUGGUAGAAGAUUUCGGCUGCUUGUCAUUCCCAUCUGUGAGUGAGAAAACCUCGUGCAUCCCAGUAGGAUUUGAGGACGUACGUGCUGGUGAUGGUGACUGA